AUGAGCGCGGCUCUUGUGCGGCAAUUGGCUUCUAGGACGCCUCGGUAUUGCAUAAAAAUAAGCCCGGCUGCCCUCUGUGCGCGACCGACUACUCAAUGGCGCUCUCAUAGCAGCUACAACCACUUCGUUGGUCGUACCAAACUUGCUGCCACUGACCCAAAUGCGGAUUUUCUCCCUUUUAUGUGUAAAGAUGUAAAGCCUUUCACUCUUGCUAUCAAGGACAAUAUCGCAACUUCCGAGUUCCCGACACAAUGCGCCUCAGACAUUCUCUCCUCUCACCCCUCACCUUUUGAGGCUACUGUCGUCCGCCAACUUCGUAAACGAGGUGCAACUGUGGUUGGUAAGACUAACAUGGAUGAGUUUGGUAUGGGCUCUCAUUCGACGAACUCGGUUCAUGGUGCAGUGAGGAAUCCUUUAGCAAAGGAUGAAGAUGUAUCAGCUGGUGGAAGUUCUGGCGGAAGUGCCGUCGCAGUACGGCUGGGAGAUGCCGAUAUAGCGCUGGGAACAGAUACAGGUGGUUCGAUUCGAUUGCCUGCUGCCUACACCGGAACAGUUGGUUACAAACCCAGUUAUGGCAUGAUCUCUCGAUUCGGUGUGGUUCCAUAUGCGAACUCCUUGGAUACGGUUGGCUUCAUUGCCAAGCAUGUCAAACCGAUACAUGAUCUUAUCUUUAAGACCGGGAUGCAUGAGGAAUACGAUGCUCAAGAUCCAACAUCACUUCCCGCCGUGUCUCGGAAACGAUGUGCUGAAAUAAUACCGUCUACACUCCCUGAUCUAUCAAGGAUAAACAUUGGCGUUCCCCUUGAGUACAACAUCGACGAACUCGAUCCUUCUAUCCGCGCCGCUUGGACAAAUGCGGCAUCUGUCCUGGAAGCUCAGGGCGUGACCUUAGUACCCAUCUCACUGCCUUCUACCAAAGAAGCUCUCUGUGCUUACUACGUUCUUGCUCCUGCGGAAGCCUCAUCAAACCUGGCCAAGUACGAUGGCGUUCGUUAUGGAAAGCGUGGUGAAGGAAGUGAUGCAGUCGGCGAGACGCUCUACUCCGACACCCGUGGUGAGGGCUUUGGCGAAGAAGUCAAGCGACGAAUACUGCUCGGCACGUACAGUCUCAGCUCUGAGGCUAUAGACAACUAUUUUAUCCAAGCCCAAAAGGUUCGCCGAAUGGUGCAAAAAGACUUUGACCGUGUCUUCCGGCUUGACAACCCCCUUUAUGAACCUGCGCAGUUUGAUCUUAGCGAUAUGGCAGAAGCCACUGGCAUGGAAGACAAGACUGGCCCUGUUCAGGUGGACUUCAUUCUCUGUCCCACAGCACCAACAUUCCCCCCACGAUUGGAAGACAUCAAGGAACAGAGCAGUGUGGACGCAUAUAUGAACGAUGUCUUCACAGUGCCCGCUAGUCUAGCAGGCUUACCAGCUGUGAGCGUUCCGGCCAAGGUGGAGGGAAGCCAGUUCCCGGCAGGGUUGCAGCUUAUCGGGCAAUAUUGGGAUGAUCAAAGGGUGCUCCAACUGGCUGAGAAGCUAAAAUCUUUGGUUGCAUAA